UGACGGACAAAGAACGUGUUGUUCUGAACGCGACAUGCUAAGGGGCUAUAGGCGGUUACGAAGCACGGGAAUUGCUCGGCUUCGCGCUCACGAGAUCAUUUCCGGGGGCUCCUAUGGACUCUUAAGAUAUUAACUAUGUAUGCCAACGUGAUGUUUCACAAGUUGCGCUGGAUCGAAAGAACCCCCUUGUUUGACCUUCGGUCUUCUCACCUCCUGACGUCCCCCCAUUUUUUUAUUCUCAUUUUUUAUUUUCCCAUAUUCCUUUUGCUGGGUGGCGACAUCAGCGGCAGCUUCUUCCCUGCCUCCAUGUACCGACGUUUGGAGGGAGUGAGCAAGGGAAUCGCCCGGUUCUACACUGAAAUAAUUGACCCCCUGUUGUACAUAAAAUUUUCCGAUAAGCAGAGCUGGGCGAAAUCGAUCAUUGGGUUGUUUUCCUCGAUCGAUGACCUGAUUUCGCAGGAUCCGUUUUGCAGACUCGUCCACACCUGGGACGAGAAUAGGCCAAUACGAUGGCUUGCAGCUUGGGCAACAAGGCAUGCAGUAAUGUAUGCCCAACUGCGUCGAGAAGUAUCAGAAUCCCAACAGGACAGGUGAAGAUCCAUGCUCUCCACAGUAGGAUCCCAAAAUUAGGCCGCCAUCGGUCCAACUCUGGCGCGUGCUCCAUAUCCACAGUUGCCUUUACUUUCAGACAUCAUGGUAAUAACGUAGACUAUGGCCCGCCGUGCGCCCCCUGCUGGAACCGGAGUUCUGCUCUAGAUGGGUCGGUGAUCAACAGGAUUCUCGGGA